AUGAGAAGAGAUCACGGGACCGAACGAGAAGAGCAAGACAACAGACUGUCUUCAUUGGACGUCAAUCUUGCAGACAACAGAACAGGAAUGGAUCGGUCCGAGGCGACGCAAAGAUCUAAAGAGGACAAGCCGUCUAAGAUCGACGAAGCUGACUCCGCAGAAGCACCAGUCUACUAUCACGAGAGUGGAGAUUUGUUUGCCGAAGACAUCGAGCAACACCUGGCGGUGUUACCAGAGAUGUCCACUGCUACGGAAGAAGUGACAAUUAACGACAUUCAGAUCGGCGGAUCCGGACGUUCCUCUCACCGCAGAUCAACAAAGACUUGGAUCGCUGAUUUGGAGGAGCCGUCACCUUCUUAUGGGGAAGGAAAAUGCUCUACCACCAGCGGCACGAGGGGCGAUUUGUGA